CUUAUGAAAGUCCGGGGGUGUCUUUAGCACUUUAUAAAUUCACUUCCAUCCUCCAUGGCUAUUUAGCGAUAAGGCGAGUAUAAUCUUAUACUAUUUUGCUGCUAUUUGGAGUUAGAAAAGGAAGCACGAAACACAAUCAUGCUGGAACACAUAACAGCAAGUGAAGUAGCCGGCUAUGGAGUUGGUGCUCUUCUCCUUUGCGCCACAAUUUCCGCCCCUAAGAUCGAUUCUUUCAUCUCUGCUUCUCAACGCAGCUCAUUAGGCAUGUGCAAGAGAUGUGGUGAUCUAAGGUUGAUUGCAUGCUCAAAUUGCAAAGGUUCUGGAUCACUCAGACAAGAUGGCGUAUUUAGCUUAAUCACUUCAGAUGAAGUUAAGUCAAAGACGAGUUCUUUGUCAUGCAACAAAUGUGGAGCUAGAGGCCAUUUCCCUUGCCCCGAAUGCAGUAAACUAAGGCGACCAAAGGGCUUUUAG